UUGACCCCCGGUUGCCGGGUCAAAGCGUCUGUUUUCUCAAAGCUUCCACGCUGAACGACACAAAUGGCGGACCUAAAGUGAACAUUAUGGUCAUUCGUUGGCUACAAACAAGCUUUGGGGCGCGCACAUCCACCGAGAGAUAGCAGGUGACUUGUAAUGUAGCGGAGCGGAUGUGUCCUUGUCGGCUAGCCGAGGAGGUGGAGCGUGAGGCGGCUUCUUAUCUGAAACCUUCCGCGACGUGAGCUAGCAAAAUAGAGCCCGAACAUGGCUUCCUCUUUGGGUUGCUUCAGUGGCCCCGAAGUGUUGGAGGACGUCGGCCACGCCGGGAGUUUGAUGAAGGGGUUGAAGGCGUUGUAUGAUAGUCGUCUUCUCUCGGACGUCGCCAUCGAGGUUGACCUGGACGGAGAGCCCCUGCAGCCCCGCGGUGGUUAUGGCGAUGGGGCCACCAUGAGUGACAGCCCCGUCCAGCUCUUCCUGUGCAGCCGCAACGUCCUCGCCGCUGCAAGCCCAUACUUCAAGAGCAUGUUCACCGGCGGCCUGAACGAAAGUGUCCAGGAGAAGGUGGUCAUCCACGGGGUGGACGCCGAGUCCAUGUCGGUCAUCGUGACUUACUGCUACACGGGCAUGGUGACCAUCACGGAGGGUAACGUGCAGAGGCUGUACGCCGCCGCCAACAUGCUGCAGCUGGAGUACAUCAGGAACGCCUGCUCCAGCUUCAUGAUCCGCCGGCUGGACCUCUCCAACUGCGUGGGCGUCCUAAAAUUUGCAGACACCUACGACAACCCCGAGCUGAAAGCCAGCGCUCAGGCCUUCAUCGCCAGGAACUUUGGCCAUCUGUGCGGCGGCGGGGAGCUGUGCGAGCUGGAUCUGGUCCAGCUGAAGGAGCUGCUCUCCUUGGACACGUUGGACGUGGACUGCGAGGGGAAGGUGUGCUCGGCCGCCCUUCGGUGGAUCGAGGUCAACGCUCCCCAGAAGAAGGAGGAUGCGCUGCAGGCGCUGAGGUGCGUACGCUGGAACCUGUUCACCGAGAAGGACAAGCGCUACCUGGAGGGGCCGGUGGCGAGGCCGUUCAUCGAGAAGCACCUGGAGUCCUUCUUCAACGGACCCGCCGGGGCCGGCUGCUGCACCUUGUCCACGUUCCUGGACGUCCCCAAGCACAGGAUAGGCGUCAGCGCCAAGGAGAUGAUCCUCUUCUUCGGUCUACCCAACGACAACAUCAUGUGCUGCGACCCGUACUCUGAGGAGCUCUACUUCAUGUCCGCUCCUCUUGUGGACCUCAGCAACCAGGACUACAAACGCUCCACCAUGGAGUCCCUCAUCGCGUGCUCCACCCCGGAAAACAACCUGUACUUGGCGUCCCACCUGUCCAAACACUUCUGGCAGUACAACCCGGUGCUCAACAGCUGGAAGGAGCUGGCAGAGAGGCCGCUGGGGAGGAUCCACUCGGGUAUGGGGUACCUCAACGGUCACGUGUACCUCCUCGGGGGCAGGAACCCUGUGACGGACGCGCGGCUGAAGGAGGUGGAGUGUUACAGCGUGCAGAGGAACCAGUGGACCUUUGUGGCGCCUCUGCCUCACUCGUUAGGAAAAAUGCAGGUGGUGGCGCUGAACGACCAACUGUACGUGGUCAACAAGAGGCGCAUGCUGUGCUACGACCCGCGCUGCAACCGCUGGCGCCUCUGCGGCUCGCUGCGGCGGGAGAAGCUGCACAAGGCGUGCGUGUACCAGGACCAGAUCAUCUGCGUGUGCGACAUCCCCGUGGUGAAGGCCUACAACCCGGCCAGGGGGGAGUGGCGGCGGCUGGGCGACAUCCCCAUCGACAGCCACGCCCUCAACUACCAGGUGAUCCAGCACGGCGGCAAGCUCCUCCUCCUCACGCAGACGCUGCUGCAGCACAACAAGAACCGCGUCCUCAUGCACGAGUACGACCUGGCGCGGGAGAGCUGGAAGACCGUCAUGGCCGUCUACGUGGCCACGCUGGGGCCCGUGUGCGUGUCCACGCGCGUCUACCCGGCGUGCCUCGGCUCGGCGCGCAGUUUCCCCACGGAGGAGGACGACGACAGCGGCUCCAGCGCCGACUGGGACCUGGACGGCUUGACGGACGCGGAUUCCGACACAGGCAGCUCUAGCUCCUUCUCGGACGAGAACUGGUAGGCAAGACGUGUUUUUCUGAACACAGCUAGGAUGCUCUCAUGGUGAGCUGGAGCCUACCCCAGCUGACUUAGGAGCCGUGGACUGGCUGGGCUAAAUGUCCCGGGAGCUUUUUAUAGCCCAGUUCCUCCUGAGAUUUGUUUGUUCUUUCAAAAUCAACAUGGCGGGCAGUUUACAAUGUUUUCCACCCUUCCCACUCACAUUCUUCGUUUGCAGACGUGCCGUGAAGCUUUGCUAGUAAAAUAUUCCAAACGUCAAAUUCCGGUGUCGUAGUGUUGAUUUGGUGCUAUGUUUUGUCAACGCACACAGAAGAUGGUUUGAUUGGCAGAAGUGCUACAAUGUCAUACUUCAGCAGAUACCUACAGUGAAACCUGUUCAGGUCCAACACAAUCUGUGGAAAACUCUGUUACACUUUAGCUGUACAGGCAGGUAAAACAAACGUUAGUGUAAAAAUUGUUAAUUAAUAAAGAAACAAUCUUUUUUUAAACCUGAUUAAUCAUGAUUAAUCCCAGUAAAUUACCUGCGUCUAUAGUGAGAAUUACCCUUAAAAAAACAUUUUGACACAAAUGUAAUUUUAUUAUUAGAAUAUCAUACACGAAACUUUAAAAAAAAAAAGUUUACUUCAAUAAUACUCAUCUUUUAAAAAACAAAACUUGGAAAAAUGUGAUCUACACUUAAAAUGCAGUAAAUUAAAUAAAUAGCAUAAUUAAUGUGUUUAAAUAAUAAUGCAAUCAUUUUGAAAUCACGACUGUUGCAGUUCAUGAGGUGAAUUUGACAGCCCUAAUUGAAACAUAAACCUUCACUUUGAUAACAGAAUAUACAUUUCAUAAUAUUAUAAUAAUAAUAAUAAAUGAACUAAAUUGAAUUCUUUUUUUUCAAAAUGUUAAUAAUGACAUUUAAUUGACCCUUGUACUAAAAGUCAAAACAUGCGGAGGCCAUUUUGAAAAAAGAAGCUCAAACUAGUCUCAUUGAUAGGCGACAUAAGGCAGGGGUUCUUCACCCUUUUAGCCUUGCGGCCCAACUUUUCCACUACAGAGGGGCCCAGGGCCCAUUCAAAUAUUAACAUUGAAUGAGUAAUCUUGCUCUUGAUUUUAAUCCUAUUCAAUAAUUAUAUCUAACCUACUUACAGUUGAACAGGAUAAACCUUUUCAAAUGCUAUGGAACCAUGUGUUAAUCACAAUGAUUAAUAUCAAGGCUUAGGUCAGGCUGAUUACAAAAAUAAAUACUGAUCAAAUAUUCUGCAAAAGAAGGGACUCAAAAACUGCUGAAAAAUAAAUGUACUUACAAUUACGGAGUGCUAAAAUAAGUACAUUCUAACUAAAUAAUAAUAGUAAAUAAUAUAUGUUUCUUAAAUAAAUUGUCAAUAAAAUUCAAAAGCAAAUGAAAAUACAGCUUCACCUCUUUAGUCGUAAAUUUUGCGCUUUAGGAACUUCUCUCUGACUUCUGCUCCAGACUUCUUCUGUUUGUUUGAUAUUAUCAUUACUUUUUGGCGGCCCUGUAGAUGGGCCCUGGCCCUACAGUUAAAAAGCACUGACAUAGGUAUUAUUAUUAGUAUCAACAUUUCAGGUUUAUCUUUUUGCUCUUUUUUUCUUACGUUUUUACUGUUGUUUUGGUUUAUAUCAACAGUAUGCGGGGCCGCCCCUCCGAUUUGCAUAGGUCCCUGUUUUUGUGUGAGGAAGCGCAUGUAAAAUGUCAAUGACACAUUCCUAGCUGCUUCCUGCUCUGUCACUGAUGGGAACUUUAUGGCAAAUUUCCUCACAUAGUCCCACUGGCUCACAUAGUGCAGAGCGUUAGACCUUGUCUGGUGGCCCUGGGCACGCCCUGACCAUAUGCUGUGGGCCACAAAUGGGUCCUGAGUCACACUUUGGACACCCCUGGUGUAUCGUCUUGUUUUCUUAGAAGUGUCGCCCUAGGGAAAAAGCCAAAGAUAAAGCAGAACGCACAGUUAAUCAAAAUAAUGCUGACUGAACUGAGGCCUCACAUGACAUGGGACAUCAUAAAUGUGCUACUUUAGAGGCGGAGAUAUACGUAUUAACUUUUUUGUAGGGGUGCAACCUAAAAACGUGUCUUUCCCUUUAAAUCUCAAAACUUUGGGGAUGCAGAGACUGCAAUGUCAAAAAUGUAGCCUGCCCAUGCUGCAGAGUUGCAUUUUCAGCAGGCUUUGCAACAAGGCAGAAUUUUUUUUGCACUUUUCCGAGAGGUCCAAUUUCUUAGAAGUAUGAAAUAGUUUGUGUUGGAUGUAACACAUUAUAAGAUUGCACAGCUGUUUGAAUCGCAGCCAUCGUGCACUGUGCUCACAAUAUUAGGUACACAAAACAUGUGUGUGUUGUGUCUCAACCUGACAUUGUGACCAGUGAGUGCGUUAUGCUGACUCAGGGCAUCUUCACCUUGAAAUAAAUUGUGUGUGUGGGUUUAUAUCAGUAUUUUUAGUUUUAUUUGAUGUUUAGGAGUUUUUAGCUGAUUAUUGAUCCUGUCUUGCCAAAAACUACAACCCAGAUUCCAUUUAUUUACUUUCCCAGUAUUACUAAACCCAUGACCAAAUGUGCUGUCACAUUAGUGUAUUGUUGUAAUAUUUGUGAUUUUUGUAUGCUGUCUAGAUGCAAUUUUAAUGUAUAUUUUUGUGUGUGUUACACAAAACUAUUUUUAUCGUACCUGUCAAAUAAAUCAUGCAAAUAAAACAGUGGAGUGCUUCAAA